AUGCAAGGGCAAGCAGAGGUCAAAAGAAGGCCAGCUUACAUGCAGGCGAGCACAGAUACACUGUCCUCUGACCCAGAGAGGCCAGCGAAGGCCCCAGACAGAGGGGUAGCCCAGUCAAACCUGCUGCUCUUGGGAUCCCCCAUGGGGUCCUCAGCAGUGGAGAUGGAGUUUGCCCACCACCUGGAAACCCUGCUUAAGCUCCAGGAGCGCCUGUGCAGAGAGACAGAGCCCGAGAAACUCUACAAAACCCUGAAGGAACUCUCUUCUCAGCCCAUCCUGUGUGACACCCUGGAGAAGAUUGGCUUCAGGCAGACCAUCAAGUGCUUGAGGAAAGAGCAGCUCCUGGUCCCCUUUGCCAAGGAAUUUGCAACCCGGUGGUCAAGAAGGUCCCAGUUUGGGCCUCAGCCUGAGCCCGACACACAGAACUUUGCCAUUCAGGUGGACCUCAUGACAGAACCACCCAAAAAUUCUCCAGAAGACGAGUCCCAUAAGCCCAGGUCUAAGGAAGACAGAGAAAAUGGGAGACAAGUCUCGGAGGUUUACAGUAGCAGUAAACACUCAAGUUCGGACCUAAGCCAGAGCCCAAACUCGACCCUAAGCUCGAGGCUGAGCCUAAGCAAACACACAAGCCCUGAUCAAAGGACAACUUGCAGCCCAAGGCUGGAGCCAAGAGGAAGCAAAAGGCCCAGCACAUCUUGUGGGGAACCAGAGCUAGCUGCACAGAGCCAGGAGCAGGUAGCAAAGCGUCCCCGCGGAAGUGUAGAGGAGUUCAGGCAGCUCCAAGAGGAGAAGCUCCUCUCCAGCAAGUCAGAUGCUGGACCAGCAAAGCAGUGCCUUUCUCCUCUGCAGAGAAAGAGCCCAGGACAUUGGAUUCUGAAAGAUCACUCUACUGAGUCUUGCUCCAACUAUGACAGCUCUCCUUCCUCUGCUCUGCCCCUGCUGCAGCCUCCAUGCAAAGGGAGAAGGGAAUGUACCUGGACAGAUGAAGCCCAGAGCCCUGCAGCAAAGGCGCCUCUAGACAAGUCUCACAGCAGCAUGGAGCUAAAUUGCCUUGAAGUGAGUGUGAGUCCCCUUCCAGAAGUGGCCUCCAGUUGCGAAGAUGGCUCCCUCCUGGAUGGCCUGGAGCAAUAUUAUUUGCACACUGACCAAGAAGAACCAACUUGGGCAAGCAGGGUCAACUUCAGAACGCCAGUGUAUUCGGGUCGCGCACCAUCCAGGCUCCUCCAGAAAUCCAAGCAAAGGCACCUUGCUGAGCCCUCUUGGCCCUUGAAAACUCAGAGCCAACCAGCUGGGGACAAAGCUGAACCCCGGCAGCAAGAAGAGACAUCCCUGCCUCAGACUCAUACUACCAAGGCAAAUCCCACCCAGACUGAGACCCAGACACACCUCCAGCUGGAAAAGUCCCACGAGCUCAAGUUGCAAGCCCUGAAAGACCGCAUCAAAAGCACACAAGCCAAGAAGCCACAAAGCCACCAAACCAAGAUGCUCACCUUUGACGCCAAUAAUACCAACCCAGGACAGCAGACAGACUCUGGACAAGGAGGGGAGACCUCCUCUGACAAUAACAGCCUCCCUGAAGACUCGGCCCCUAGCCACUUGCAGAAAGCUCCCCGCCUGCCUGCAAGAGGCAGCACCAAGACCCAGGCAAAGAAACGGACCCCUCUCAUGGCCAAGGCCCUCAGGGAUUACAAGAAGUACUCUAGCAGGUGA